AAAAAAAAAACAAGAUUAAAGAGCAGAUUACAGAAUUCAAAGAAGCUUUUUCACUAUUUGACAAGGAUGGUGAUGGAACUAUAACAACAAAGGAAUUGGGAACGGUAAUGAGGUCUCUUGGGCAGAAUCCCACAGAAGCAGAGUCACAGGGCAUGAUAAAGGAAGUGGAUGCUGAUGGUAAUGGCACAAUCGACCUCCCAGAAUUUCUGACAAUGAUGGCAAGAAAAAUGGAAGACACAGACAGUGAAGAAGAAAUUCGAGAAGCAUUCCGGGUGUUUGAUAAGGAUGGCAAUGGCUAUAUUAGUGCAGCAGAGCUUCGCCAUGUGAUGACAGACCUUGGAGAGAUGUUAACAGAUGAAGAGGUUGAUGAAAUGAUCAGGGAAGCAGAUAUUGAUGAUGAUGGUCAAGUAAACUAUGAAGAGUUUGUACAAAUGAUGACAGCAAAGUGGGGAUAUUGUACAGAAUGUGUUAUAUUUCUUGUACAAAAUUGUUCAUUUGCCUUUUCUUUGUUUGUAACUUGUCUGUAAAAGGUUCCCCCUACUAUCAAAAAAAGAUACGCAUGUAUAGUAAUUAGGACUUCAUUCCUCCAUGUUUUCUUCCCUUAUCUUACUGUUAUUGUCCUGAAACCUUAUUUUAGAAAAUUGAUCAAGUAACAUGCUGCAUGUGGCUUACUCUGGAUAUAUCUAAGCCCUUCUGCACAUCUAAACUUAGAUGGAGUUGGUCAACUGAGGGAACAUCUGGUUAUGCCUUUUUUUAAGUAGUUUUCUUUAGGCACCGUCAGCAUGUUGUUGUUGAGGUGUGGAGUUGUAACUCUGCAUGGACUAUGGGCAGUCAACAGCAUGUACUUAAAAGUUGCACUAUUGCAAAACGGGUGUAUUAUCCAGGUACUCGUACACUAUUUUUUUGUACUGCUGGUCCAGUACCAGAAACAUUUACUUUUAUUGUUACUUGCUUUUUAAACUUUGUUUAGCCUCUUAAAGAAAAUCUGCUUAUGGAACAAUUUGCCUCAAAUCCAUUCCAAGUUGUAUAUUUGUUUUCCAAUAAAAAAAAAAUUACCC